AUGCGAGCUGAUGUGUUCGAAUUCGCAAACAGUUGUUGUUUAGCAACAUGUGGAAACUGGCUCCUUAUGGUAGAUCAUUGGUCUGAUCUCUACAUUUUGAAUCUGUUUACCCACGAGUGGAUCUAUUUACCUCCGGUGGAUUCACAACUUGGUCCGACAAAGGUGGAGCGAACCACCUCGAGAGGUCAAUUUUGUAUUUCAAACGAAAACGAUCAACCUCACCACCGCCCAAGGAAGUUCAAAGGUAUUAAUAUGAUUCUGCAUUCCCCUGCGUUUUGGAUUGACGAGCAAACUAAAGAAUAUGUUGUUCUAUGGGGACUUGGCCAUUGGUGUGUGGUUUAUUCCAAGAAAGGAGAUACGUUCUGGAGUCAGAUUCAAACUCCCCCAGAUUAUUUUGCUGAUUAUUCUCAGAUGGAGACUUUUCACUGUGGUGUUGCUGGCGACCCCUCUCUACUUCAUCCAGUAACAACAAGCGAUUCAUGGCGAAUGUGGCGUACAAAACUUGUAGUCACAGUAACCGGAGAUGUCCUCAAGGUUGAACAAUUGUUCAAGUGCGAACAACUGGUAAGAAUCUGGUCCUUCCGCGUCUACAAGGUUUGCUCAUCAGAUUUCUGUAACAAGCAUGAUGAAAAAGUUGAUUCUUUGGGCGACGAGGCAAUGCUUCUUGAUCUAGGCAUCACUGUCCUCGCUAAUGAUGACAUUGUGGGUUUUAGGAGAAACUCCAUCUACUUCAAUGAUAUUUGUUAUGAAAAAAACACUACCCAAAUUUGUGUCUUUAAUCUCGAGACACAGGGGAUGGAGGAGACACUCCACAUGUUUGUUUGUUCGUCCGAGCAACAACUCGCCAGAGCUCGAUGGUUCCUACCAAGUAAUUUCAAGCAGACAUAA